CCCCAGAAGCAAUGAAAAUAGCUAAGGAGGAGUCUAAACCAGUGCAGCCACCAAAUCAUCAACCGAUGAAAGUUCAUCCUGAGCAGCAGAAGAACGAGGAGACUAAGCCAGCGGCAGAAGUAGCAGUUCCGAAGGGAGAGACUAAACCUCAACAUCCGGCAAUUCAGAAGGAUCAAGGGACCAGACCAGCACAACCUAAGACACAAAAUGGAGGGACUAAUGAGGCAGCAGUGCCUGUGAGACCGAAGAAGCCCCAAAACGUCAAGAGGGUUUCGAGUGCAGGGCUUCAGGCCGAGUCUGUCUUGCAAACCAAGACAGGUCAUUUGAAGGAGUACUACAAUUUGGGACAGAAGCUUGGACAUGGACAAUUUGGGACAACUUUCCUUUGUGUGGAGAAAGCAACCGGAAAGGAGUACGCUUGCAAGUCCAUUGCCAAAAGGAAGUUGUUGACAACAGAAGAUGUGGAGGAUGUGAGGAGGGAGAUUCAGAUAAUGCAUCAUUUGGCAGGGAAUCCCAAUGUGAUAUCGAUUAAGGCGGCUUAUGAGGAUGCUGUUGCAGUUCAUGUUGUUAUGGAAUUAUGUGCAGGGGGUGAGCUCUUUGAUAGGAUUAUCAAGAGGGGGCAUUACUCCGAAAGAAAGGCAGCUCAGUUAGCAAGGACUAUAGUCGGAGUUAUAGAAGCUUGCCAUUCUUUGGGUGUCAUGCAUCGCGAUCUUAAGCCCGAGAACUUUCUUUUUGUUGAUGAGGAGGAGGAUUCAGCACUUCAAGCUAUAGAUUUUGGGCUGUCAAUAUUCUUUCAGCCUGGGGAAAUUUUCAGUGAUGUGGUUGGAAGCCCAUAUUAUGUUGCACCUGAAGUUCUGCGCAAGCGCUAUGGUCCAGAAGCAGAUGUUUGGAGUGCUGGUGUUAUGAUUUACAUUCUCUUGAGUGGGGUGCCUCCAUUCUGGGGUGAAACUGAGCAAGAGAUCUUUGAAGAGGUUUUGCAUGGUAAUCUUGACUUCUCAACAGAUCCCUGGCCUAAUAUUUCAGAAGAUGCAAAAGAUCUAGUUAAGAAGAUGCUUGUAAGAAACCCCAAAAAGCGGCUAACGGCUCAUCAAGUUCUAUGUCACCCUUGGGUUCAGGUUGAGGGAGUGGCUCCAGACAAGCCUCUUGAUUCUGCAGUCUUAAGUCGCAUGAAACAGUUUUCUGCAAUGAACAAAAUUAAGAAAAUGGCUCUUAGAGUCAUUGCUGAACACCUCUCUGAAGAAGAAAUUGCCGGUUUAAAAGAAAUGUUCAAGAUGAUAGAUACUGACAAUAGUGGUCAAAUUAGUUUUGAAGAGCUGAAAGAUGGACUGAAAAGAUUUGGAGCUACUCUAAAUGAGUCCGAAAUAUAUGACCUUAUGCAAGCUGCUGAUGUGGACAACAGUGGUACAAUUGAUUAUGGGGAGUUCAUAGCAGCAACAUUGCAUUUGAACAAAGUAGAGAGGGAGGAUCAUUUAUUUGCAGCUUUCUCAUAUUUUGACAAAGAUGGCAGUGGCUAUAUAACUCAAGACGAACUUCAACAAGCGUGUGAGGAGUUCGGCAUUCAGGAUGUCCACUUGGAAGACUUGAUCCGAGAAGUCGAUCAAGACAAUGAUGGUCGAAUAGAUUACAAUGAGUUCGUUGCCAUGAUGCACAAAGGCAAUCCAGAGUUUGAUAAGAAGGGUCUUCAAACCAGUGCUCUUGGCAUUGGAUUUAGGGAGGCACUAUCAGUUUGUUAAUAUUUGGUAGUGACUAGUGAGGCAAUUUUCUUUGAGUCAAUUUUUUUCCACAUUGUAUGCAACUUUUCAAGGUUUCACAGAUAAUCAGGUCUUCCGUAAAUAACUACUAGCUGGUCUGCCUCUCUACGGCGCCACAUUUGAGUUUAAUCAAUUAGUUUUGGUUUUCUAAUUUGUAUUUAAAUAGAUUCGACGAUAGACUACUUCUCGACCAUG